CUUUUCUUCUUCUUUAUUUUUCAACAGCUAUUUAUCCAAAACCAAUAAUUAGCUACCUUUUCAAAUUUUCAAACAUACUCAAAACCGAAUCCCAACAUAAUGAACACAAAGAUCGCAGCGGCCAUUUUGGCCUUCACCACUCUUACAGUCAACAUCAACGCCGGUAAAAACCAACCACAACCCUCCCUUGCAUCCGCUGUGCUCGACAUUGUCACUGACUCCGUAUCAGACAUCGAUGCCAACAAGGUCAACGUUCGCGACAACGGCGACCUUGCUGCUACUGAUGGUAAGUCUUUUGCAAACACUGACAACAGCCAGUUUGCUAACUCGACGACAGACCCGAUAGUCGUUACCGUCACCGUCACUGACUGCAGCCCCGCAAGCGUCACAAGCCCAGUCAUUAGCACCACUGCUACCUCCAUUCCUGUUUCCUCUCCGAUCAUUGAAACCAGCAGCGUCUUCAGCUCGGUUGUCACCAGCGUCCCGACCAUCAGCGAAAGCACCACUCCCUAUGUCACUUCGAGCAGCACCGAAGUCAAGGUGUCUUCGUCCACUGAGACCGAGGAAACAGAAAGUACCUCAACUGUUCCGGCCUCCACCACUGCUCCGGCCCCAAGCAACGACGCGACCCAUGUGACUGGCGUUACCGGCGGUGUCUUCGGCGCUUUGAUUGUUGCAAUUCUUAAUAUUUUCUAAUGGAUCUUCGUUUCGGAUUGAGUCAUCUCUCGGUGGUUUGUCUUGCUAAUAAGAGCUUGAUAUGUAUUAGCGACAAGUGUCGAAGGAACUUGGAUGCUCGGUUGAACUUGAUGAAAUUGUCUAGCAAGUUGUAAUGUAACGAAGAGAAGAAUUGAACAAUUAUUGUAAUUGCUCCUGUCGAUAGUAUCAUUUGAUACGAUUGUCUUCCCAAUCUUGCCUGUGUUUGCUUGUAGGCUGUAGUUCCCAUGACAGCACAAUUGGAAAUUGUCGACAAGGCGACUACCCCUGCCUGUCCCCACCACAGCCGCCCUCCCGC